AUGGUGCUUCGUUUUGGUAUGCAACCAGUGCUUGUAGUUUCUUCUGCAGACGCUGCUCGUGAGAUCAUGAAAACAAAUGAUAUCAUCUUCUCUAACAGACCCAGAUCUACCAUUGCAGAUAAACUUAUGUAUGAAGCUAAGAGUGUGUCCUCAGGUCCUUAUGGUGAGUAUUGGAGGCAAAUGAGAAGCAUCUGCGUGCUCCAACUUUUAAGUAACAAAAGGGUUCAGUCUUUUCAAGCAGUAAGAGAAGAAGAACUAGCCUUGCUAACUGAGAAAGUGAAACAGUCUUCUCUGUUGUCAUUGCCUGUGAAUUUAAGGGAUUUUAUUCCAUGGCUUGGUUGGGUUAGUCAAAUUAAUGGUUUAGAUGCAAGAGUGGAGAAAGUUGCUAAGGAGUUUGAUGAGUUUCUGGAUUCUGUAGUUGAUGAGCAUAUAUGUACUCUUAACAUGAAAGGAGAGAGCUGUGGUGAUAAUAUGAGUGUUGAAGGUGAAGAUGGGAAGGAUCUUAUGCAUGUUCUGCUUGAAAUUCAAAAGCAAAACAAGACUGGCUCUUCCAUUGAUAGGGAUAGCAUCAAAGGUAUCAUUUUGGAUAUUUUUGGUGAUGGAACUGAUACUAGCUACACAGUUCUAGAGUGGGCAAUGACCGAACUCUUAAGGCAUCCGAUAGUCUUGAAAAAACUGCAAGAUGAGAUGAUGGGAAUUGCUAAUGGCAAAGUAGACAUAACCAAGGGCGAUUUAGAUAAAUUUCCUUACUUAAAAGCAGUGAUCAAAGAAACACUUCGGUUGUAUCCUCCAAUACCGUUACUGGUUCCUUGCGAAUCAACUCAAGAGGCUAAAAUAAAGGGCUAUGACAUAGCAGCAAGAACCAUGGUCCUGAUCAAUGCUUGGACAAUUGGAAGAGACCCCUCAAUGUGGGAUGAACCAGAGGAGUUUAAACCAAAGAGGUUUUUGAACUCUUCUGUAGAUUUCAAAGGGCAUGACUUCCAAUUAAUCCCAUUUGGAGCUGGAAGAAGGGGCUGUCCAGGAUCCUUGUUUGCCAUGAUCACUAAUGAGAUUGUGUUUGCAAAUCUUGUGCACAAGUUUGACUGGACAUUGCCUGGCCGAGCUAGGCUACACCACGGUGUUAUUGGCCGAGCUAGGCUACACUACGAUGUUAUUGGUCGAGCUGGGCCAAACCACGGUGUUAGUGGUCUAGCUGGGCUAGACCACAGUGUUAGUGGUCGGACUGGGCUCGAGCUUGGUCACCAUAUGAUCACCAAGACGCCAAUCCAAAAUGGAGUCCUAGUCCGAGGAGGAUUAGGUUGUUCUAGAGUCCUAGCUCGAGGAGAGCUGGUUUGCUCUAGAGUCCCACUCCGAGAAGGAUUAGGUCGUUUGGGAUGA